AUGUAUUUGGACGCUUCGGUGUCUAUCUCCUCUGCAACUCUUUCCACACUCUCCCCCCUCUUCCCUCCACCAAUCAUAGAGACAGCCCACACAUAUCUUCGUCAUUUCGACACCGCCGCCACAUUAUCCCGUCCAGCGGCACUGAGGAAGCGCAUCGUGGACCUUACUCGGUCAAAUAGGCACGCUAUCCUUCAGAGACUCUACUCCACCGCCAUCGAGGGUUUGCAAGGGCCCUAUGCGUGGCUGGCGUUGCGACCUCAAGGCUUGUCAAAAACUCGAAGAGUCCUCCUCCCCGACUUCUUCUGGACAAGUUUCCUCACGAGUUUCUUACUGGGUCGUCGUACUGCAAUGGCCGAGCGUGUCUGGGAUGACAUGGCUAAACUCGGAAUCACACCCCCAAUAUCGGCAUGGAAUGCACUCCUCGAUGGGUACUCCAAGACUUCCCGCAUCGAAGAUGCCAUACGCACCUGGGAUGUCAUGACCGCUCAUGGCGUGAAACCAGAUGCGCUCUCGUACCGCGCUCUCAUCUCGGGCCUCCACAAGGCCAAACGCCACCAAGAGGCGAGCUUUCGCCUCAACGAGUUCAAGCGCGAAAGCAGUUGUGCAGAACCCCCCUUUGAUCCAUCCGCCAUCCUCGCCGUCUACAACACAGCCAUCAACCAGCUACUCUUCGCUUCUAGGGAAGAAUAUGCUCUUUCAGUGCUUCGCACCCUCGAGGCGCAAGGACCUAGGCCCGACAUCGUCACCUACAACACACUCCUCCGAUAUUACGGCCGGAAGGGCAACUUGAGGGAAAUGGCGAAGAUCCUUGCGAAACUUGGCACGGAUUCAGUGCAAGCCGACAUCUACACCUUUUCCACCGUCCUGUCCGCAAUGCUGAAAGUUCGCCCCGACGCUGACAAGCUUAUGAUCAACUUCAUGAAGAAGCAGGGCAUCACUCCAGAUACGACAAUCCUGACGUCCAUCAUCAGUCAUCAGCUCCGUGAACAUGACCUGAAAAAUGCACUGGACUUGUUGUCGAGGAUGGAGAACAAGGAGUACCCUGGAGUGGAGCCCAACGAUAUCACUUACACUGCGGUACUCUCGGGUUUGAACAGCGAAAAUUGGCUCGAUAGCCGGGUAGCUGAUGAAGAAAGCCGGCGAAUAUGGGAUCGGAUGCAGAAGCGGAAUUUACAGCCCAAUCCUGCUACGUACAACAUCCUCCUCCAGGCGGCCCUAGCCAGCCCAGACCCACAGGGCCUAUCCAACGCAUUGACGUACUACCAGGACAUGAAGUCGCGCCGGGCGUACAUGGGGAACGACAUGUGGUAUCUUCUUCUCCGUGGGCUAGUGCGGAGGAAGGAGUUUGGAUUGGCGAGGGAGGUGGUAGAUGACCUAGCGAGGCACACUGGUGCAGAGUACGGGUUGCCAAGUGCGCUGCAGGAGCUAGUGAGGACAGUGCGGGCAGGGGUUUAA